AUGAAAUUUUUUAUCUUGUACAUAUUUUUUAUUUUAUUUCAAAUAAUACUUUUAGUAAAAGGUAUUGAAGUUAAAUCAUCAACAAUUUUAAAAAAAGAUGUAAAUUUAUUAGGAACAGAUUUAUCAUAUGCAUUAAUUGAUGUCGAAUUUGAUCAAGAAGUAUUCAAGUAUGACUCUUUAUCAUGUCCAAAUUUCGCAUGUAAAGAUAUUCCCGUUAAUAAAAACAUCGAUUGUACAUGUGAUUAUACCGAUGUAAAUGAAUGUCCAAAAAUCAGAGAUCCAACUUGUAAAAAUGUAUGUCCAACGAGUAUAAAUACCAAUACUGCCGGUACUAUACAAGACACAAUAUGCACUGGUUAUAAUUGGACAACUAUUAAAUUGGAGGAAAAUACCAAUACAACCUAUGAAGCAAUUAAUGGAAUACCAUUAUAUUUUAGAAUGAAAGCAAAUUCAUACGAUUGUAAAGGUUUAUAUUUCAAAGUUUUACCAGUCUCUGGAUUUGGUAAAACUUCUAUCAACGGUAGAUCACAUGGAUCGUCAUCGCGUUCAUCAUCGGGUUCAAAACCUGAAAGAAAUAUGUUAUUCAAUAUUUGUCCAUCCGAUAGUUACAGUUUCACAACUGGUAACAUUUUAUCAGUGUUUAGAUCAUGGACAAAUGGUACUUAUUUCAUUGCAGUUAGAGCAAUUAGUGAUAGUUUUAAAUUUCAAAUUCAAACUCAUACAAAUUUCGUACCAACUACACCAAUCACUCCAUAUUGUCAAAGUGCCACAAUAAAUCAUACAUGUAUCAAUCUUGGUCAACUAAAUUCUGGUUCAAUGGCUGAUGCAUCAAAAAAAUUUUACAAUCUUAAUAUUGAUAAAGCUGAUUUCUAUUAUUUUAAUUUCCCAACUUUAUAUCAAAGUACUCAAAUUUUUAUGUCUGAUUAUUAUCAAUAUCCAAAUAAAGUUAAUAAUACUUGGUCAUUAAUUCAAGAUACUGAAAAUAGUCUUGUAUUAUAUUUAGAACCAAAAAAUGAAACUACACCUCAUACAAUUUAUAUAGCAGUAGAAAUGACUUUUGGAUCACAAUUUGUAUUUUCUGUUACAACGCAAGGUACUAAAUAUGCACAUAAAAUUAGUGAUUUCCCAUCAACAUUAUCAGGUGUACUUGAUUUUUUAAAUUCUGCACGUUUGUCAUUACCAAGCGGUCAAGUAUAUACAUCACCCGCUUAUACCUCUAAUGGUAUAUUUUCAACAAUUUAUCCAUUAUUUGAUAUGAACCCAUUGUGGCCAGUAUCUUCACUUUAUAUAGGUUCAUCCUCAUUCUCUUAUUCAAAUAUAUCACAACCAAUCCUAGGUGAUACUAAACCAAAAUCGUUUCAAGUUUCUUUCCUUCUCACAAAAGGUUCUAGUGUUUUUGAAACUUAUGAUACAAUUUCUUCAUCAUCUUUACAAUUUUAUUCAACAUUAUUUGGCGAAGAUCAAAAGCCAAUUAAUUUAAAUGUAACAUUUAAAGAAAGAGAAAUUGAAUGUAAUAAUAAAGAAUUUCAAAAAAUAAUUUCAUUUAUUGGCGAUACAGAAAAUACAUUGUUUAAUGUAUCAGAUAUUGAUGAAUUAAAUAAUUAUAGAUAUCGUUUAGAUUCAUUAACCAUUAGUGAUUCAUGGAUUAGUUGUAGUAAUAAAGCAUUAUCAUUAUUACAAAUGGAAACUGUUAAAAAGGAUAUUUCAACUUAUAUCUGUCCAUACCCAAGUACUGAUGAAAAAUUUAAGACACACCCAUGUUGUUCAAUAGUUGCAAGAUAUGACCAAUGUUGUAAUCCAUCAAUGGUACCAACCGACGUUACACAAUUCAUAUCGGUCAAUAAAAGUUUAGUAAGUGAACAAUGUUCAAGUCUAGAAUGUACUCAAUCAGUAUUAUCAGAUUAUGGUAGUUCAAUAACAGGUAUUGAUGAUUGCGCUGUAUCAUCAAAUGAACUAACUAGAUUGGGAUUAGGACCAAUUACAGUUUUGAGAGAUUGCAAGAGUAAAUUAUUAUCACCAUUUUGUUCAAAUGAUACAGAUUGUAAUGGAUAUGGAAAUGGUAAAUGUAAUUUAUUUUCAAGAACUUGUAUACCAGAUUUUAAUAAAGUCGAUUUUGAAUAUGUAAAAUGUGUACUAUCAAAUUUAUCACCUGGUACAUUAUUCUCAUUGUUGGAAGGUUCAACCAAAGUCAAUGAUGAUGUUGCAGCUAAAGUUUUCAAUAAUCAUCUUUCAACUGAUUGUAUUGGUCAAAAUGAUAUUAAAGAUCGUUCAACUUAUGUUUGGGUAAAUGGUAUAGAUGAUACAUGUUACUCUGCUUUACCUCAUGGUUGCAUUGAUGAAUCAUGUCUUACCUAUCAUGAUGUUUGUCUAGAGGGAGUUUUCGCUGGUUUGUGGGAUUUCAAAAUGAUAUCAAAUGUUGAUGAUUGUAACAACUGGGGUAUUUGUCCAUACUUGUCUUGUAUUGAUAAUACAUACACUGGAAAUGGUGUCACAACAUCAUGUGAAGAUGCUUGCCUAUCAAAAGAUUUUUGUGGUGUCUGUACAAAUGAAGAUACUCAAUGUCAUGUAGUCACCGAGGCUACAGAUCAAACAUCAUGUCAAACUCAAAAUCAAAUUUGUCUUUUACCAAAUGGUGAAUAUGAUUUAACAGCAACAAGCGAAAGCGAUUGUAAUUCUAAAGGUAAAUGUUCAGUACCAUGUGGUUAUGAAUGCUCUUCAAGUUUAGCAAAUAAUCAAGAUAAUUAUUGUGCAUUUAUAGAAGCAGGAAUGAAUAGUGCAAAUUGUGCAGCUUUAAAUAAUCCAGCAGGUACCGCUGAAUGGUCAACAGAGGCAAAUGUUUGUAUAUUAAGAUCUGCAACCACCCAACAACAAUGUUUCACGGCUGGUACAAAUUAUACAUGGAUUGAUUGUUCUUCAAUGUUGGAAGGUGAAUGUCUUGGUCCAAAUUAUGAAUAUGCAAGUUUAUGUUCAUUAAAACCAGUUGAAUGUCAAACUGAACAAGAAUGUUUAACAGCAGGUACUUGUUCUGAUGAAUUUUAUUUCGAACCCAAUGGUCCUUACCCAUUUGGAUAUGGUAAAUGUGUAUUCAAACAUGUCAAUAAUGGAUAUAUUGCAGGUAAAGGCUGUUAUACCUUUCAACAUGAUACACCAAAUGGUUGUUUCAAUAAAAGCUUUACUUUCCCAACAGCUGCCUAUUGUAGUUCUAGUGGUGGUGUAUGGUGGGCCCCAUCUAGAAAUCAGAGUUCAUGUGCAUCACAAAUGGGUUGUAAAAUUUUAGAAUCUGCUGAUUUAGUUAAUAAUUUACCUUACAACUAUUAUUUCAAUGACAUGAGUGAAGAAACAUGUGAAGGUUGUAUAGAUUCAUUCAAUAAAUGGACAAAUAAAUUCCAAUGGAAAGCAGCUACAUGGUUACCAGGUGUUUUAAAGCCAGUAACUUGGAAUACUGCAAAAUCAUUCAUUCCAAAUGAAAAUAGAGAUGUAUUCAAUUAUCAACUCUUUUAUAAUAGUGUCGAUAAAGCAACAAAAACUCAGGUUGCAGAUUUAUUCCGUUCAGAAGCAUAUUGUCGUAUGGAAAGAUUACAAUCAAAUUUGAACUCAAUUACAUGUAGUUGUUCAGGUGAAGGCGGUCCACAAUGUUUCACUGCAUCAACUCCAUUAUUAGGUCAAACUAAACCAUGUGCAGGUGCAAGUUCAUCAUUUUCAUUCGAUUAUGGUAAAAUUCAAUUCACCAAUCGUUCAAUCUCUCAGAAUUGUCAAUAUUGUUCAAUUUCACAAAUUUCAAGAGAAAUCUAUACAUCAGCACAAAAAGAAUCAUUGGCCUCCAAUUUUGUAUCAUAUGAAAAAGCUGAUAAAUAUGGUGUUAAAAACUCUAAAGGUGCAGUCAUUGGUACAUUAUUAGGUGAUGGUAUUAUGAUUAAAUCACAAGAUGGUAUAAAUGAAGCAACCAUUUGUUUGGUGAUUUUUGAGGAAACCAAUGAUAAAUAUACAAAAUAUGAUUUUGCAGUUCAAAUUGAUGAUGAAUCAACUCCAACUCCAAUUCAAUCAAAUAAAUUAUUCACUCAAAUGUCAAAUGGUACUACUACAGGUAAAGAAAAGCAAUUAAUGGUAUGUUCAAUCGUUUCAACUAUUCAAGGUGGAAAUCCAAUUUAUUUCCCAAUUAAUCGUAUGGAUGAAUGGGAAAAUGUAAGUAAACAAGCAUUCGACUCAACAUCAAGAGCAUUAAUGUAUACAUUGGCAGCUUUCUUUUUAGCAGUUGCAUUAUGGGGUAUGGUAGAGUUAACUCUAAUUGUUAUUUCAAGAAUUAAGAAUAGAGGAAAAACAAUUAGAAGAAAUUUCCAAUUAACUCAUCUUUUAAUUGGUGUUGUAACACUAUUUAUCACAAUUAGAGCCAUUUAUUUCUUUAUUAUGCCAAGUGGUAAUUUAUCUGAUAGUCCAAUCGCCGAUUACAUUCUAGUGGUAUUACCAACAUUUAUUUACUUUACAGCAUUUAAUAUUCUUUUAGUACUUUGGUAUGUCAUUGUAUUCUUGGUAUUGAAAAAGAAUAAAUCUGCUGAUAAUCUUACAAAAAGAUUAUUUACAAUUGUAUUUGUAAUCAAUGCAUUCCUCUACCUAUUAUUCAUUGCCAUUGUAUUAGUUUUCCAAUAUACCAAUACCGAUCCAAGUAAUGAUUGUGGUUCACGUAUUGUAAUUUCAGUAGAAAGUUCAACACCACAACGUGUAGUUAGUAUUGUUUAUGCAGCAAUCCAAGCAUUAAUUUCAUUAAUUAUGGGUGCAGCAUUCAUUUACUUGGGUGGCCGUUUAUUCAUUGUUAUGCGUUCAACUAAUAUUAAAAUUGGUUCAAAAUCAAAUCAUCAAAGAAAAAUUUUCAUACUCUCAUUCGUUUGCUCAAUUGGAUUUUUAUUACAUUGUGUAUUUGUAUUGAUUUUAGUAGCAGGAAAUGUAAAUUCAAUGGUAUUCAGUUUCAUUGGUUUGGUUAUCACUGAAAUUAUUCCAGCAUGUAGUAUUUUAUUCUGUUUUGAUCAACGUUCUAAAAAUAAUAAUAUGGAUGGUGGAACAUCAACAAGAGGAAUGAGUGCUAAAAGUGGAAAAGGUGGUAAAAUGACAACUAUCGUUGGUGAUUCUCGUCAAUCAAUUUCAUUAUCUCAUUCUCAAUCAAACUCUGCUUCACCAUCAGAGUUUUAUUCAAAUAAUGGUGAUUAUCCAAAUGAUUCUUCAAUUAAUACACCAAAUAGUAGUAAUCUUAGUGUUAAUAAUAAUAUUAAUAAUAAUAUUAAUAAUAAUAAUAAUAAUAAUAAUAAUAUUAAUAAUCAUGAAAGUGAAAUUAAUUAA